AUGAGUUCCGCAUUGGUGAGCAACGUACGAAAGACGGCAGGUGAUCGACAUGCUGAAGGAUCGUCGAGGUCGACACGCAAAGAUAAGCGCACAGAUGAUAUGAACAGUCCAACAUCAAGCAAACCAGCCGCAAUACGCCAUCAUUCAACAUGUGUGACCAAUGAAUAUGAAGAUAUGCUGUCGAAAGUUAAAGAACUAAAGAGCGAGCGAGACGUCCUUAUGAACGAAGAGGCGUGGAUUCAGAAAAUUCGAGCCGUUCGAUCGCUAAGCACGUUGGAAGGAAUUCUUCGCGAUUGUUGUCGACGUUUGAAUAUAACCAACAAACUGCAUCCAUCAAUAAAACUUAAUUCUCAACAGCCUUGCACUGAGAAACUUCAAUUGGUUCAGCGCAAUGGGGGUGAUGCACUCAAAGUGGCUGUCUCACUCCUUGGUGACACUAUCAUAAUCACUGAG